GAUAGUGACGUGCAUAGUGAGCAGGAUGUUCAGUUUUCACAAACCAAAGGUGUAUCGAUCUAGUACAGGCUGCUGCAUUUGCAAAGCCAAAUCUAGCAGUUCGAGAUUCACAGAUAGUAAAAAGUAUGAGGAUGACUUUAUGCUAUGUUUUCAACUUGAUGAGAGGCGCAGCGGAGAGAUAUGUAAUGCAUGUGUACUUCUAGUAAAAAGAUUUAAGAAGCUGCCUCCGGGAAACGAUCGCAACUGGAGACAUGUUGUGGAUGCCCGUGCUGGUCCUGGAAUUAAGUCGCUAACAAAAUUUAAGGCAAAAAAUAAAAGGAAACUUAAAGAUAAACCUGACAAAUUUGCUAAGAAGAAACAUGUCUAUGUAAAAACAGAAGCAGAUCGGGAACAAAGCCCAUCGAUAAGCGAUGAUUUGAACGAAGAUUAUAGAUUGGCAGACAGUAAAGCUUCGAGCAGAUCGGACAGUAUUUCGGACGACGACGAUGACAUUGGCGCUAACGAAAAACAAUUAGAUCUCGUUCAAGAUCAGGAUGUGAAUAAAGACGAUAUUAAUUUCUUAGAUUUAUCUUAUUACAAAAGAGAAAUUAUUUGCUGUGGCAGCAUUUUCAGAGGCGUCAAUGGUGAGGUCAUAAUGUAUCCAUCUCGCCUGAAACCUUGCAUAAACAUUGCCAGACGACAGCUUAUUACUUCUUUAACAGUCGCCAGUCCCACUCACAGUUCUGCGUCCACCAGCCCUGUCCAUGGUGUUGAAUCGCCAUCGUCAAGUCCAGAUACAAGUUCAAAACAAACGAAGACCGAUAGUGACUCUUCGUCCGAUUCCGGUUACGACGAAUCCUCUAAUCAGGGUGAGAGCAAAAUAGCGAAGAAUGUUCAAGUUCAGGCAGAUGUGAAAAUGAUAGAGAAAGCUGUAACACCUAUAGAACUUGAUCAGUUAUCAAGUUGCAAAACCUUACAAUCUGUCAACAACGUGAUUAAUCAGUCACUUCAGUCGGUCUCCAAUUAAUGUCGGCCCUUUAUAGAGGGUUAAUUUAUUCCUUUACUUAUGAAGACACAUACACACACACACGUAUACAGGGUGUCUGUUAGAUAAUUUUUUAAUCACAGUUUUCAACAAAACUUUUAAUCUGGAAAAUUUUACUUUGGCACUAACUUCAAAGUUUUUAGUUCUAUGAUACAUGAAGUAGAUUUUUGACAUCUGAUUCUUGCAGUUUACUUUACUACCUUCGAGUUAUUUUCUUAAAUCUUGAAAUAUCCUUUGAAUUUCAAUUUAGAGACGACUUCCUCAUGGAGAAUAUUCGAAUUUUAAUUCUAUAAUAGGCUUUGAAAAUCCUACUUUACUUAUAUUUAAAUUAUUUUUCAUUAUGUUACUUUGCAUUGUUAAUACAUGAGGAUAAUUAAAUAAUAAUAAUACAAAAAAAGUUACUUUAGAAAAGAACUUUUUUCAGGAUUUUCAGGAUUUAAGGGAGAUGUUUUGUAUGUUUAAUCAAUUCCAAUACAUAAAAGGAAUACUUAGCAAUGAUGAAAAAUUUAUCUCGAAAGUGAGACUGUUUUUAAGUUGUGUUCAAAACAUGUCCCUAGAAAUCUAUACAAUUUUUUUUACCGAAAACAUUUUUUUCUAAAAUUAAUACAUCUCAUACCAAAUACAGUAAUUUGUUGCAGUAUAAACGCGUCACCCUGUAUGACUAUAAGCUGAAGUUAAUUAAGUAUAUACUAUCUCCGGGCAGCCAAUUGGUUCUGAAAGAAUUUCAAACCUUCGCUUUGGAGGUUUAAAUGCCAUUUGGAUGCAAUUUAUUGUGCUAAGGAUAAUUAUAAUUAAUUACAGCGAUGAAUGGACGUAAACCGCCAUUUCUCGAGACGAUAAUUUUUAAGUCUUAUAUUAAGCAAUAUAAACACAUCAAAGUUCUGUGAUGAUAUUGUAAAGUAAGAGACGCUCAGAAUUCUUAUGCCGAACUGCGAUCCGAGCUGGCGGUUUACGUACUCGCUUUUUUAACACGUCAAGUGCCACCGCUUAAGGGGAGAAACAUACGUAGGGUGUGCUGAGACAACCAAAGAUAAUGUCACGAUAAAAAAAAUCAUGAUAAAGCAAUGAAACGUUAAUAUUUACAAAAUUUUCUCAUUUAAAAUUGAAUAUUAAGUUGUUAAAAUGUCGACAUUAGAAAGUUUCACGGAACAUUCCCUUAUAAAUUUUUAAAGCUUAUUUUCUUAGAUUUAAUUCUUUUAAUAUUCUUAGAUUUCAAGGUUUUUGAAUUCCUCGCAUUUAAUAAAGAUGCGAUUAUUCUGAGAACAGUUGAAAAAAAUAUUGGACUUUUUCCUCUUUUUUUUUUUUGUUUCUUUAAACUAAAAUUCGAUAGAAAAACGAAAUUUCAUGUGUAACGAUUUAGUAAUUGACUCAAUUGUGAAGAUAUAUUGUGUAAAAAAUUGGAAUUUUAACGCUUUUGUCGAGAGAAAACUAAAUUGACAAACAAAACAUUUUUUUGAAAGAAUAUCUGAUGGUUGUUGCGGGAUACCUCGUAAAAGUUCCAAGCUGCCAAUCGAUCCUCGUCUGGGUUCAAAAAAGAAAGAGAAGGAAACGGGGGAAAAAGCGGAGAUUUCUUGUAUUUCCUUCCAGAUCAUGAUGCUCCAUGACGUAAACUAAUUGUUAGCGGUCAUCUCGACGACCCAGAUCGAUAGCAAUAAAUAAAUGCAAACAAUUGUAUAGCGAAGCGAUUGAUAAAGUCUGUUUUUAGUCUAUAUUGAGACAGUAUUAAUAGAAAAAUGAAAGAUCUAGAUAGAAGAAUUGAAAGUGGCAAUCAGAUUGGCAAACUGGACCAGCGAAUCUUUGUUUGAUAAAUAAUUUUAGAGAAUAUGAUACUUAUAUACAGAAACAUUUCUAUGGAAAUAAGAAAAGACGAAGAGAAGAAUAAAUAAGUAAAAACUGUUAGUUCCUAGUUAACAAAGAAGAGAUGGGCAUGCUUCGAUCACACGUUUAGCGCAAAAUUUGUUCAAUUCUCAUUUUAUAUAGGACUUUCACUGUUUUUGCAUUGUCAAUGGAUCAAUUUGGAGUUGAUUUUUCUAUAACGGAAACGAAGAACCGACUCUAAAUCAAUUGUAAAAUUUAUAAAUUAAGAAUGUUUGAGCUCAUAUAAAAAUCGAGGGAUACAUUUUUAUUGGACAGAGAAAGGAAAAUAAUCGGAAAUGGUUGUUUGACAUAAAUUGGUUAAUCAUUUUCGACUGUUCUCUUUAGCGCUAAACACGAAGGAAAAACGGGCUAAAAAGAUGUACAAGCCGAGUACCUGCUGAAAACAAGCCGCAACUGUGGGGUUGUUUUCAGAAUUUUUUUCUAUUUUUAUUACACGCACAAAAAGAAAGGAGGACCGACUAUUUGAUGAAAAUCGUGUACGAUUCGAAAAAAAAAGAUCGACAUAAGAUCUGCUAAAGACAGGAUUUAUAUAUCCGUGGAACCGAUAAUUUAUGGGGAUUAAUUAAGCCGAAAAUUGGUCCGAAAAUUCGUGGAAUUAACAAUUUUUUAACAUACGUAAAAAUUUUAUUUUACUUAAUUAAUUUUUUAAAAUAUGCAAAACAUCACAUAUUCGGUGAUGUAAAAUACUUAAGGGGAUGCUGGAGCCGUCUGUAUAACCGACAAAAUUACCAUUUUCUAUGUUAUCGACUAUAUCUGUC